ACAGAACGGCCACUCUAAUCGAAAAAAAACUUUGAACGGAACGCACGGACUCUCCGCUGUCGACGGAAAACGCGAAGGGCGGAUGAGUGCGCGAGUUUAGUGAAAUAGUUUACAAUUCGCCCCACCAGCUUCCGCUGCGACGCACUGCUCUGCAGGCUUUUGAGGAAAAUACCGACGCAAUUUCCGCGAGGGAAAUGCAGCUCCAGUGAUGAGACUCGCAGAGUCACGCGUGUGAAGAGCACGAAAAGUGAAUAAGGAGGAGAGAAAAAGACAACAAAAGGCGAAAAGCAGAGUGCAUUUAAACGCAAUUUACGAAAAAGUGUUAAAAUCAGUAAUGUGCAUUUAGCAGUUGCCAACAAAAAAUAGCAUUGUUUCUUUGUUUUGUUUGGCUCGCACGCGCUUGUGUUGGUUCGGUGUGAGUGAGGCAGUGCGCUUGUGUGUGUGCGAGAGCAAGGACAACCAGAGAGUGUUGUGGAGGAGGAGGCUGGCGGAGAGAGGGAAGCAACAACUGUGGAGCAGCAGCUGAAAAAAACACUCUCCCGUAAUGGACACGUUUCGCAAGUGGCUGAACAAACCCAAGGCUGAUGACAAAUCGCUUCUGGCCCGCUUCUUUCAUGCGGAUCGAUCUCUCACAGCGGUGGCCAGCGAGUUGGACAGCUUCGAUGGACGAGCGGAACCGGAUCGAUGCACCAGACUGGUCAGCAGACUGCGACAGAAUCAGGACAAAGUGCUGGCCAUCACAAAUUUGAUCAUGGAGGAGCUGCUCGGCGAGGAUCGAGAUCCGCGUGCCUUCCGCGCCAAGUUCCCCGAGGAAGUGCUCCAGGAGAAUCUGGCCGGACAGCUGUGGUUCGGUGCCGAGUGCCUUGCAGCUGGAUCCUCGAUCAUGAACCGCGAGGCGGAGAGCAAGGAGAUGCGACCCCUGGCCCAAGCCGUGACCAAAAGCUUGGGCAAUGUCCGCGUUCUGCUGCGGGACCAGUGUUUAAAGAACAACGUGCCCAACAGCAAAACGUUGCACCUCGACCUGAAUGAUUCCACCACGGAGCAGCUUUACGAAAGUCUGAAAAUCUUCGAUCGGCUGUUUGCCGAAUUCGAGCUGAGCUAUGUGAGUGCCAUGGUGCAGGUGAAAUCCCGCCAUGAGUACGAGAUGCAGCAGUGGAUCGGCGUGCUCUUCUCGGAGACCCUGCAGCGGGCUCUGAAGAUCGGUCUGCUGGAUCAGGACAUGGUGGAUGCCUUCGAUCCCGGCCUAAUGUUCUCCAUUCCACGGCUGGCCAUCGUUGCUGGUUUGGUGGUCUAUGCCAAAGGGCCACUCAACAUGGAUAUGCCUGGCGAUCAACUGUCGGAAAUGUUCCGUCCCUUCCGCACAAUCCUCAUAAAAAUCCGCGAUCUCCUGCGCAACCUCAACAACCAGGAACUGUACCAACUGGAGAAGCUGCUGUGCACCAACGAGGAUAUCAACACCAAGGUGCCACUUGGCUCGAGCAGCAUUGAGGCGCCCAGUCCGGAGCAUAGCUCCAAUCCUACAACAAGCGGCAGCCAAAACAACAACAGUAGCAGCAACAAUAAUCACAGCAGCAGUAGCACCAACACGGGUACAACAAAUACCCACAGGACUGUGGAGCGGCUGGUGGAUCAGCGAAACAACAACAACAACAAUAACAGUAACAGCAACAGUAGCACCAAUCCCGCAGCGGAAGAAGCUACGCUGCGCUCUCCGUCCAUGUUGUCGCUGUCGCCCAACAGCACGCCCACCGCCUCGCCCGCCCCCUCUCCCACGCCCUCGCACUCGAUAGCCUCCACUUCGUCGGCGGCCACCAGCUCGACGAAUCCACCGGCUGACUGGAGCGACGGCGACGAUGAGGACGAGGAGGACGACGAUAUUGAGGUGGACGAGGAGGAUUUGGAUAGCAGCGACGACGAGAAUCUGCUGAAGGACAUCGUGGCGGCGGACUGUGCCUCGGGUUACCUCAUACCCAACACCAAUCUGGGCAAUCUGCUGCAGCCCCAGGAGGUUCCUCUCACGGACAACUUCGUGGCCAGCGAAGAUGAUGAGUAUGGAACGGGCGAGCAGCCGGGACGGUUGGGUCACGAGGAGGAGGACGAGCCCAGCACAAGUGCAGCCAUGCUGGCGGCCACCCGCACCUUGCAGCGGCUGCGCCUGCCGAGCAGCGACACCGAUCCCCUAGCCGAGCCCACGACAAUCAAGGCGACCGAGGAGCAGAUGCAGCAACAGCAGCCAGCUGUGCCGAGCGGACGCCAUCGGGAGAGUCACAGUCACCGCCAUCACCAGCGCCACCACCAUCAUCACCACCAUCACCAUCAUUCACAUCAGCACAGGCAGCCGCAUCCGCACCGCACAACGCGCAGUGGUCGCAAACGCUGCAGCCUGGAGGCAUCGGAGGUGGACUCGAACCCCGCGGAGAGGGAGCAGACCCUGGCCAGCGGCGAUACCAGUGCCGCGUCCUCGCUGUCCGACGAUGUGUCGCUGGCCAUGCGCAACACAACGGCACGCCUAAAGUUCAAGAGCACCGAAAACCUGCUGCACCGCCUGUUUGUCUGCAUUGCCGGAGUGGCCGACCAACUGCAAACGAACUUCGCCUCCGAUCUGCGCCAGAUUCUGCGCAGUGUGUUCCUCAUGAACAUGUCGUCCGCCCAGGAGGAGAUCGACAUACCGGAAAAGACAAAGGAGUCGGAACUUUUCGAGUUCCGGGCCUCCGAGAACGAUGUGAUACAGGAGAGCGCCGGCUCUAACCAAAGCAUUUACUCAGCGGAGGAGGUGAAUCCCGAGCUGGACAAUGUGUUCAGCGCCGUCGGUGGCAGCCAGGCCACUGGCCAGCGCCAUUCCGCCGGCGCCAGCAUGCAGCGAAACAAUACCAUCGAUCUGGCGGGUCAGACCGGCGGUGGCAGUCCCAGUGGAGCAACGAUGGCCACCAGUCGUUCGCACGUGACGCGCAGCCGAAGUCUCGGCGAUCAGGAGGCAGCCAGCACGGCCACCAGCAGCAGCACUCAGUUGCACCAGCAGGAGCAGCAGCAGCAGCAACAGCAAUUGCAGAUCCAGUUGCAGCGGCAGCGCAACAAUUCCGUGGGCAGCAACACGCCCUCCAGUGCCUCCUCCACCAGUUCCAGCUCCGAACAGAAUUCCCCGGUGAGCGCCAGGAGCGGCAAUCGCCGACGACUGCAGAGCAACAACGAAACCCAGAUGCCCUCCUCGGCAACGACUGCCUCGGCCACGCUUUCGCCGCCGGCCUGGAUCCCCGAUGGAAAGGCACCGCGGUGCAUGGCCUGCCAGACGCCCUUCACUGCCUUCCGCCGGCGUCACCAUUGCCGCAACUGCGGCGGCGUCUUCUGCGGCGUCUGCUCCAACGCCUCUGCUCCGCUGCCCAAAUACGGACUGACCAAGGCAGUGCGCGUCUGCCGCGACUGCUAUGUGCGCGAGGUGCGCUCGGCGGGACUGGGUGUCCAGACGGUGCAGAGUGUCCAAAGCGUCCAGGCCACCGCCUCUUAGGAUUGGCCAAUGGCGCUGGAAGGCGCAGCUGACGACCAAAAAUGUGGCCGAGACGGGGGAAAAGCAAACUGUGAAUCGCAAUUGUUCUGCAAACAUUGUUUUCUUUGUUUUAUACGUAAUCCUAAUCCCAUGCAAGGGGGUCCUCUGACCACGACUAGGGCCUGCAUAUAUAGAUCAUAUAUAUCUUAAAUAUAUAUAACCAUAGCUGUAUAUUUUUUAUUUCCAAAACAAUGACCAACUGAGCGUCUAUCAAACGAAUGUACAAUAAAGCUUCAAUCUGGACUAAAA